UUCACAGUCCUUCAAACUUCAAACCAGCACCAAUGGUGGCCACCUUAGAUCUCAAUCUUACUCUAUUUUGCCCAACUGAUGAUACCCCUGUCAAUGAAGUCAUUUUUAAUCUUGACGACGACGACGAAGAUCAUUCGUUUGUAAAAGAGGCUGAUGAUCCUUCGGUUGAGGAGUUAAGUCGAAUAAGUAAAGAAAAUAUGAAGCUAAAGGAGAGUCUUAGUGUUGCAUGGGACAUGUAUAACUCUCUAAAUGCUCAAGUCAAGAAACUAAUGCAUGACAAAGAAGAAUUAGAGUGUAGUCCCAAGAAAAGAAAAUUUGAAGAGACAGUUCAACAAAGCUUGUGGAAGAUGCCGAACGACAAACUACCAAGGUCGGGUACUAAAAUAGUUUAUGUACCCGUAGAUCCGUCCGAUAAAAGCCUGGUAGUCAAGGAUGGAUACCAGUGGAGAAAGUAUGGACAAAAGGUGACAAGAGAUAACCCAUCACCUAGAGCUUACUAUAAGUGUUCUUUUGCACCAACCUGCCCAGUGAAGAAGAAGGUGCAAAGAAGUAUGGAUGAUAAUGGUGUUGUAAUGGUAACCUAUGAAGGAGAACAUAACCAUAGAAGCACUAUGCAAGAGGUAAGAUAUGCUUUAGCCCACGAAUCUGAGAUUUUAAGUACAAGCGAAAGAAGGGUCGACUCCCCAAAACUUGAUGAAGUUUUGGUGGAACAAAUGGCUACUUAUCUAAGUAAAGACCCUAAUUUCACUUCAGAACUUGCUGCUGCCAUUUCCUCCAAGAUUCUGGAAGUCGAAACGUUUUAAAAGUAUGCCAAAGGAACUAGAUAGUGUUUACAGAUUCUUCAUUGAAAUUUCAACUUAUGUGAUCAAUAAUGUCAAUAAGGAUUGGUAGGUCGGUCUGUUUGUGUAUUGGUUAGUUGGAGCUUCAUUGUACAUUUAAGAGACUCGGUUGAUCAUAAAUCAGUUUGCAUCUUCA